AUGGCUGCUCCCACGCCUCCAAAAGCCGCUGAAGGCAAUCCGGCCUUCAAGUAUAUGGGCCUCCCCAACAUCAAGGCCAAACUGCCUUCGCGAAACUGGCUCAUCUUCUUCGGCAUCACGGGAACCUUUGCCGCGAUCGUAUACCAUGACCGCCGUGAGCAGAAACGGAUCCAAGCACUGUGGUGUUCUCGUGUCUCCCACCUCGCCCUCGAGCCCCUCGGGCCGCUGGAGCUCCCCCGCAAGGUUACGGUCUACUUGAGUGCGCCCCCAGGAAGUGGAACAGAUAUCAGACCCUCACAGGAACACUACCGCGAUUUUGUGAAGCCGAUCUUUACGGCUGCAGCGCUGGACGUUGAUUUUGUGGAGGGCCGCCGGAUGGGUGAACUCCGGCACAAGGUUGCUGAGGGCGUGAGGAAGCAGAGACUGGGUGUCGAUGGUGAAGACAUCAUCGAGGAAACUCGACGGAAAGGUGGGAUCUCCCGAGUUGGCGCGGUUCAGGGCGAGGUCGUAGUGGGACGCCAUGCCUGGAAGGAGUACAUUCGGGGCCUGCAUGAGGGGUGGUUGGGCCCGCUUGAGGCCCCGGAAGAACCCAAGGACGAUGCGCAGCGGGCCGAUGAUAAGCCGCCUGUGGACCAGAAUGAGCAGGUUCUUAAGAUUGAGGAUGUCAUCGCCGAUGCCGAGAAGCAGAAAGCAGAAGAGGACGAGAAGAAGAAGGAAGAGGACAAGAAACCUACAAAGCCCUCUGUCCCCCCAUCCUAUAUUCUCCCUGCCGCCUACUCCUCCGCACAGCUCCCACCUGGUAUUCCUACAACCUUUGAUCCCGUCGGCGUCAUCCCGCACCCGCAUAUUCUCGGCUUCCUCAACACGCCUAUCCGGCUAUACCGCUAUGUCACACGGCGACAACUAGCAGAUCAGUGUGGGCGCGAGGCCGCCGCUAUUGCCCUCGGCGUGUACUCGCGGCCUUUCUACCAUAGCCCCGACCCCAGUGCGACGAUGAGCACUGAAGCCGAUGUAGCAGCAGGUUUGGAGGCAGACAAGGAGUGUGGUGAGAUUGAGGGGGAGCUGAAGGUUGAGGAGGGAGACUGGCCGAAGAAGUACUGGAAGGAGGAAUCGCUGCAGGGAGUGUGGCAGGAUAAUAUCAAGUUGGACGCCAGGGUGGCCGAGAGGAUGAGGAAAUUCUUUUGGCCGCCGAGGUUGGAGAGUGAGGAUGGGAUGAGAGAGGAGGGUAUUGAGACUAAGGAGUAG